CGGACGUAAACGAAGGCGCCUUGCCUUUGCCUGCACUCCAGCUUGCUUCUGAACUAACGACGAUGCCGAUGCGACGCGCGGCUUACGAGCAGGCCGCAACCCUCAGUGGUAUGAAAGCCCACUGAGCCUAUCCCUAACGUCCCGUCUGCUGUCUCCCAGCCCCUUCCGCUCUCUGACUACUUCGAAACGCGCAUCUAUUUAUCAGCGCUUGAGCGCGUCUGCCGAUGGCUCGAGAUGCUACGGAUAAGCCUAGUCCAGAGGCUUCCCCGAUCGACUUGGCGGACGUUCAACUGGCGGUAUUAGCCCACAAUCUCCCAAAAUUCGGCGCGGCAGCCCUCUCUGGACACAUUAUAUAUACCCUCGCGACGCGUGGCAGAGCAGGCCUGCAUGUCAGUGGGAUGGUCGACAGCACCUUUGAGCUCGGACUCGUGCCAGGAUAUCUCUCGUACCUGCUGGAGGGAUACAUUCGCAGCAAAGAUCAGCCGAACCUUGGUGAGCUCGUCGGCACAUAUCGUCGGUUGGGCGUGGGUCCAGACAAUGAGAGCCAGUUUCAGCAUUCACUAGCCGGGCUUGGCGUAGGCUUCAUCCUCGCAAUCUUCAAGAGGCCGUCGCCACCAAUGGGUCUUGUGCGCAAAGGCAUCUUUGGCUGGGCUGACGAGAAAGUGUCGAGGUUGAUCGACAUCCUGAUCACUACCUUUGGCAUGGGCGCGGCUCUGGGCUACCUGACCCACUAUGGGAAGCACGUCGUCAGGUCUCUCGAGCCAUACAGACAACUCAGCGUCGAAGACGCGGGUAAGAAAUUGUAUCAAAACAUGCGCCUCUCGGACGACCACCUUGCCUGGCUCCGUCAAUAUGCAACUAUCCAGCUCUGGUGCGGCGUCAAGGUCGCUACCACAUCGUCCUUGGUCGCUGUGCAUGAGAUGAUUUACCACAAGAUACCCGAGCUGCGCCCUUAUUUCUUCAAGUCGUUUUCCCGCGUUGCUGUUGGUAGCGCGGCUUACGGACUGCUCAUCGGGGUCCCCGCUAUUCACGGCGUUCUCUUUGAUAAAUCUCUUCUCAGCAUAGUCAAGAGUCGCCAGGAGUUCUUCGAGGGCAAUGCCGCACGCGCCUGGAACCAGCACAUCGCCUGUGGCGCGCUUCUGGGAGGCUCCUACGUCGCCGUCUUCGUCAGGCGGGCACCUACCAGUCCUGUCCUGACGGACUUCGUGCGCGCCGGAAGGUUCGUCUUCACACCACGAAAUGUCCUAACUGUCGGAGGCGCGAGCAUGUUGUUUGGCGGUGGCCUCGGUUCAGCUGUCUUCCUCGCCCGUUCCGCCUUCACUUCGUGGUUGUAGCGCGCAGCUAUGCCUCAUACGAUCCCUAUUCCUCACCGUCCUUACAAAGUACCUUCCCUGUCUCUACUGUAGUCAUUCGUUUCGCAUGGCCUAGCGAAUCUAUGGUAUGAGAAUGCAC